CUCAACGAACUCCAAACGUUCAUCCCUCUUUGUUCUCUGUUAAACAAUCUUGUAUAUCAAUAUUUCCCCACCUUAUAAUAACUCAAUUAAACAAUAAUAUUUCCCCACAUGAUGCUCUUCACGUCCUUUCUCUCCCCUGUUUGUUUGCCAUUCCCCUGCCUUCUUCACAUCAUGAACAUCACUAACAAUCUGGGUUCAAGCUUCCAGUUUUUUGGCGCCAGAAAGAAUGGACGGCAUCAGUGAACCUCUUUGGGUCCAAGUCUGAAACUUUUCCGCCUUCUCUCUCUCUCCCUCUCUUGAGAUUCUUAGUUCCCAGCUGAAAUGGAGCUGAAGAACAAGAAAUUUGUGAACUUUGUAGACCACCAGCAGGUCUUGGAGAAGGCGCUGCAUUUGCCAACAUACAAACCAUCUACACCGCCGCCAUGGUUGAAAUCAGAAGCUGGUUUUGACGAGAGGGAUCCCAUCAUGAGCAAGAAAUGGAAGCCGAAGUUUGGCAAGUUUGUUCGUCGCAGUGAAGCUUGGAGGCACGCGAUUUUCGAUCCGGGAAGUGACAUCUGCCUGCAAUGGAACAGGGUUUUCCUCUUCUCGUGUCUCGUCGCGCUGUUCGUGGAUCCGUUGUUCUUCUACCUCCCGACCAUAGUCCAAUCGGGAGGUUCGACUUGUAUGGCGGUCGACAUGAAGCUGGGAAUCACGGUGACAAGUUUCAGAAGCAUCGCGGAUGUGUUCUAUCUGAUGCACAUAGUUUUCAAGUUCAGGACUGCCUAUGUAGCUCCAAGUUCAAGGGUUUUCGGCAGAGGGGAACUGGUCAUGGAUCCAUAUUCGAUUGCAAUGCGAUAUCUGAAAACCGAAUUCUUCGUCGAUUUCAUUGCAGCCUUGCCUCUUCCUCAGAUGAUGAUAUGGCUUGUCAUACCGGUGAUCAAAACGGCGCAGUCUGAUUACACCAACAACGCCUUUGUGCUAGUUGUUCUGCUGCAGUACAUUCCCAGGUUGUAUCUGAUUUUCCCAUUGAGUUCAGAGAUAACCAAAGCCGCCGGAGUUUUGACCGAAACUGCUUGGGCUGGUGCUGCCUACAACCUCGUGCUGUUUAUCUUGGCCAGUCAUGUGAUGGGUUCUGCUUGGUAUUUGUGUUCGAUCGAACGCUAUGCGACAUGCUGGCAGUCUCUCUGCAAACAGGAGUCUGAAUGCCAGUCUACUUACUUGGUUUGUAAUAAUCUGGAUAGAGUGGACCGGAGGGUAUGGGCAAGUACUACGAAAGUGUUCAGCACGUGCGAUCCCAACAAUGCUUCAUCAGAUGCAACUGUCUUCGAUUACGGAAUGUUUAAAAAGGCUUUGUCGAAGCAGGUUUCGACUGCUACCUUCACUGAGAAGUACUUGUAUUGCCUCUGGUGGGGGAUGCAGAACCUGAGUUCCUAUGGCCAGAGUUCGAACACAACCACAUUCGUCGGUGAAACGGUGUUUGCUAUAGCGUUGGCCAUCAUGGGUCUGGUUCUGUUUGCUCAUUUGAUUGGGAACAUGCAGACAUACUUGCAAUCAAUCACAGCAAGACUUGAAGAAUGGAGACUCAAGAGAAGGGACACUGAAGAGUGGAUGAACCAUCGCCAACUGCCUCGAAACCUACAAGAGAGAGUGAGGCGAUAUGUUCAGUACAAGUGGCUAGCAACUCGUGGCGUCGAUGAAGAAGCAAUCCUGCAACAACUGCCAUCUGAUAUCCGACGAGACAUUCAACGCCACCUCUGUUUGGACCUUGUUCGUCGUGUUCCUUUCUUUUCACAAAUGGAUGAUCAACUCCUAGACGCCAUCUGCGAGCGCUUGGUAUCCUCGUUGAUCACUCAUGGGACCUACAUUGUUCGUGAAGGCGAUCCUGUGACCGAGAUGUUGUUCAUAAUCAGGGGGAGGCUGGAAAGCUCCACAACGGAUGGCGGGAGGUCAGGUUUCUUCAACACAAUUUCUCUCAGACCGGGGGACUUCUGUGGCGAGGAGUUGCUCGCUUGGGCAUUGAAUCCGAACUCCAACGACAACUUGCCUUCUUCCACAAGGACAGUGAAGGCAUUGGAAGAAGUAGAAGCAUUUGCAUUACGCUCCGAAGAUCUCAGGUUCGUCGCAAACCAGUUCAGACGACUCCACAGCAAGAAGCUGCAGCACACAUUCCGGUUCCACUCGCACCAUUGGAGGACAUGGGCUGCUUGCUUCAUUCAAACGGCUUGGCGUCGGUUCAAGAUCAGGAGGAUGGCACACACCCUGAGCAUGUCCGAGUCUUUAAUGUCUUCCUUCGCUCUUGUAGACGAGGAGGAAACUGCAACUGCAUCGCCCAAACAGAACUUAGUCGUCCAGAGGCUGGCCGAGCGGUUUGCUGCAAACACCAGAAGAGGGAAUCGGAAAAUAAAGGAUGUUAAAAUGCCGAAGUUGAUGAAGCCCGACGAGCCAGAUUUCUCUAUAGAGGCAAAUCCUACAUGUCAUAACUGGAAGAAUACUGAUCAAAUACUGCCUUACUCGAACCUUAAUUGUUCAACACCGGUUGUUAACAAAGUUAACCAGAAUGAAUCGGUCCCCAGUUUUGUAGACCACAAGGCCAUGGAGAAGGUGUUGCACUUGCAGACAUAUAUACCAUCCAUGAUGCAAUGGUUGAAAUCCGAAACUGGUCUUGACGACAGGGAUUCCAAAAGGAUUCCAAAGUUUGGCAAGUUCAGAGUUUUCCUGGAGAAUAACCAUGCCGGCGAGCUUUGGAAGAACAGGAUUGUUGAUCCAGGAAGUGACAUCUCCCUGCAAUGGAACAAGGUUUUCCUCAUCUCAUGCCUGGUCGCUCUCUUCGUCGAUCCAUUGUUUUUCUACCUUCCGACCAUAGUCCAAGCUGAAGGUUCAACAUGUAUGGCGAUCGACUUGAAGCUGGGAAUCACAGUGACAUGUUUCAGAACUAUUGCAGAUGUGUUCUAUUUGAUGCAUAUAGUUUUCAAGUUCAGGACGGCUUAUGUGGCUCCAAGUUCGAGAGUUUUUGGCAGAGGGGAACUGGUAGUGGAUCCUGAGUUGAUUGCCAGGCGAUAUUUAAGAACCGAUUUCUUUGUUGAUUUUAUUGCAGCAUUGCCUCUCCCUCAGAUUAUGAUAUGGUUUAUAAUUCCAUUGAUCAAGACGGCGCAGUCUGAUUACACCAACAAUGCCCUUGUACUUGUUGUUCUGCUGCAGUACAUUCCCAGAUUUUAUCUGAUAUUCCCGUUGAGUUCAGAGAUAGCUAAAGCAAAUGGAGUAGUGACGAAAACUGCCUGGGCUGGUGCUGCUUACAACCUCGUGUUAUACAUGCUGGCCAGUCAUGUGACGGGUUCUGCUUGGUAUCUGUGUUCGAUCGAGCGCUAUGCAACAUGCUGGAAAUAUCUGUGCGAACAAGACAUUGAAACUCAAACACGAUGCCAGUCUUCUUACUUGGUUUGUAACAAUCUAGAAAAGCCUGACAGAAAAGCAUGGGCAGGGACUACCAGAGUGUUCAGCAAGUGUGAUCCUAACAACGCUUCCGACCCAAACGUAUUUGAUUAUGGAAUGUUCUCAAACGCCUUAUCAAAGCAGGUUGCUUCUGCUACCUUCACCGAGAAGUACUUGUAUUGCCUCUGGUGGGGGCUGCAGAACUUGAGUUCCUAUGCGCAGAGCACAAACACAACCACAUUCGUCGGAGAAACUUUGUUUGCCAUCGUGUUGGCCGUCAUGGGUCUGGUUCUUUUUGCUCAUUUGAUUGGAAACAUGCAGACGUACUUGCAAUCCCUCACUGCUAGACUUGAAGAAUGGCGCCUCAAGAGAAGGGACACCGAAGAGUGGAUGAGCCAUCGCCAACUUCCUCAAAACCUGCGAGGGCGUGUGAGGAGAUAUGUUCAGUACAAAUGGCUAGCAACUCAUGGCGUUGAUGAAGAUGCAAUCUUGCACCAACUACCAGCUGAUCUUCGUCGAGACAUUCAACGACACCUAUGUUUGGACCUUGUUCGUCGUGUUCCUUUCUUCUCACAAAUGGAUGAUCAGCUCCUAGACGCAAUCUGCGAACGCUUGGUCUCGUCAUUGAUCACUCAGGGCACCUACGUUGUCCGCGAAGGCGAUCCAGUAACCGAGAUGCUGUUCAUAAUCCGAGGCAGGCUAGAGAGCUCCACAACAGAUGGUGGGAGGUCAGGUUUCUUCAACUCAAUCGCUCUCAGACCGGGCGACUUCUGUGGCGAAGAAACCCUUGCUUGGGCAUUAGUCCCCAACUCAAAUGCCAAUUUGCCAUCUUCCACAAGAACAGUCACAGCACUGGAAGAAGUAGAAGCAUUCGCAUUACGCGCAGAAGACCUCAAAUUCGUGGCAAACCAAUUCAGACGACUCCACAGCAAGAAACUACAGCACACAUUCCGGUUCUACUCGCACCAAUGGCGCACAUGGGCUGCAUCGUUCAUUCAAUCCGCUUGGCACCGCUUCAAGAGGCGGAAGAUGGCACACAACCUUAGCAUAUCAGAGUCAUUGUCUAGCUUACCUCUUCUGGAGCACGAUGAAACUGAAACAACAGCAGCAGCAGCAGCAGCAGAAGAAGAAGAGAUUCCUUCAGAGCCAGAACAGAGCGUGGCUGUCAAGAGGCUGGCCCUGCGAUUUGUGGCGAACACCAGAAGAGGGAAUCUUAGGGUGAAGGAUGUUGAAAUGCCUAAGUUGGUUAAGCCUCAAGAGCCAGAUUUCUCCAGAGAGGGAAGAGACGAGGGAGGGAGCUUAUUUUGAGGAAACCCUUUUGUCGCAGUUCGAAUCCAUUGAUAAUGUACCAGAAG